GGUGCCAGUACUCCAGCUGGAGGCUAUCUUGAUAUGUAUUUCCAGAGAGAUAGUCCUAAUAUGGUGAAUGCAGGAGACAUGAACGGUUCUGGGAAUUUGAUGGAUUUUUUGGAUGAACCUUUUCCUGAUGUUGGGACGUAUGAAGAUUUUCAUACUAUUGAUUGGUUACGGGAAAAAUCACGUGACACAGACAGACACAGAAAAAUUACAAACAAAAGUAAGGAGUCCAUAUGGGAAUUCAUCAAAAGUUUACUGGAUGCAUGGUCAGGAUGGGUAGUGAUGCUUCUCAUUGGACUACUGGCAGGCACAUUAGCUGGAGUUAUAGAUUUAGCUGUGGACUGGAUGACAGAUCUGAAGGAAGGUGUCUGCUUAUCAGCAUUCUGGUACAGCCACGAACAAUGCUGCUGGACGUCUAAUGAAACGACCUUUGAUGACAGGGACAAGUGUCCUCAGUGGCAGAAAUGGUCUGAACUUCUAGUUCAUCAGUCUGAGGGUGCAAGUGCUUACAUUCUAAAUUAUUUUCUUUACAUUUUGUGGGCUUUAUUGUUUGCUUUCCUGGCUGUCUCCCUCGUCAGAGUCUUUGCCCCCUAUGCCUGUGGUUCUGGAAUUCCAGAGAUAAAGACCAUCUUGAGCGGUUUCAUUAUUAGGGGUUACCUGGGCAAAUGGACCCUCUUAAUCAAAACAGUCACUUUGGUUCUAGUGGUGUCUUCCGGUCUCAGCCUUGGCAAAGAAGGGCCUCUAGUUCAUGUGGCUUGCUGUUGUGGCAACUUUUUCAGCAGUCUCUUUUCGAAGUACAGCAAGAACGAAGGAAAGAGGAGAGAGGUACUUUCAGCAGCUGCUGCUGCAGGAGUAUCUGUUGCCUUUGGAGCACCAAUUGGUGGCGUACUUUUUAGCCUGGAGGAGGUGAGUUAUUAUUUUCCCCUGAAGACUCUCUGGAGAUCAUUUUUUGCAGCCCUUGUUGCAGCAUUUACCCUGAGAUCCAUUAAUCCAUUUGGAAACAGCCGCCUAGUUCUUUUUUAUGUUGAGUAUCACACACCUUGGUACAUGGCCGAACUUUUCCCUUUUAUUCUACUUGGAGUUUUUGGAGGCCUGUGGGGGACACUUUUCAUCCGAUGCAAUAUUGCGUGGUGCAGGAGACGCAAAACCACAAGGCUUGGGAAGUACCCAGUCCUAGAGGUCAUUGCAGUAACUGCUAUCACUGCAAUAAUUGCCUACCCCAAUCCAUACACCCGGAGGAGCACCAGUGAGCUCAUUUCAGAGCUUUUCAAUGACUGCGGAGCUCUAGAGUCUUCACAACUCUGUGACUACAUAAAUGAUCCUAAUAUGACUCGACCUGUGGAUGAUAUUCCUGACAGACCAGCUGGCUUUGGAGUAUAUACAGCUAUGUGGCAGCUAGCCCUGGCUUUGAUCUUUAAAAUCAUCAUUACCAUAUUUACUUUUGGCAUGAAGAUCCCUUCAGGCCUCUUUAUACCCAGUAUGGCUGUAGGAGCUAUAGCUGGUAGAAUAGUUGGGAUUGGAGUAGAGCAGCUGGCUUACCAUCACCAUGACUGGAUCAUCUUUAGGAACUGGUGUAGGCCAGGAGCUGACUGUGUUACCCCAGGACUUUAUGCCAUGGUGGGAGCUGCAGCCUGUUUAGGUGGAGUUACAAGAAUGACAGUCUCUCUUGUUGUAAUCAUGUUUGAGUUGACAGGAGGAUUGGAGUACAUUGUACCUUUGAUGGCUGCAGCAGUAACAAGCAAAUGGGUAGCUGAUGCCUUUGGGAAAGAAGGGAUCUAUGAAGCACACAUCCACUUGAACGGGUAUCCCUUUCUGGACGUGAAGGAGGAAUUUACUCACAGAACUCUAGCCACAGACGUUAUGAGGCCUAGGCGUGGAGAGCCUCCUCUCUCUGUUCUGUCACAAGACAGUAUGACAGUGGAAGAUGUGGAGACUUUGAUCAAAGAGACUGACUACAAUGGCUUUCCAGUAGUGGUUUCUAAAGACUCAGAGCGUCUCAUUGGCUUUGCACAGAGACGGGAGUUGAUUCUUGCAAUCAAGAAUGCAAGGCAGCGCCAGGAUGGGGUAGUCAGCAAUUCCAUUGUGUACUUCACUGAAGACCCCCCAGAACUUCCUGCAAACAGCCCUCACCCAUUGAAACUCCGUCGCAUUCUGAACCUGAGUCCUUUCACUGUCACAGACCACACACCAAUGGAAACAGUGGUAGACAUCUUCCGAAAACUUGGCCUUCGACAGUGUCUUGUCACUCGCAGUGGGAGGCUUCUGGGCAUCAUAACAAAAAAGGAUGUGUUAAGACAUAUGGCUCAAAUGGCAAAUCAAGACCCUGAAUCCAUCAUGUUUAACUAGGCUGGUUCCAGAAGACAGAUCAGAAUCUGAAUUUUUAAAGGACCUUUACUGGACUAACAGGAAAAUUUUGUACAGCAUUUAGUUUUUUGUUAAAAUGAAAUUUAAAUACAUAGAAACCAAUCAAGGAUAGAACCAAAGGAAAACUGUGGCAGAGAGGGUUGAAUGUAGCAUUACUAUUUAGUUGGGCAAAGCGUUUGACAGUUCUGUACAGCUGCAAAUAUUAAGCUGUUUCUUCUGACUGACGCCCAUACUAUGUGUUACUCUCAUGACAUGGGUGAUUUUCCCACCUUACCAAUGUUUACCUUGUGAUUUGGGAACACAGCCAGUUUCUCUGUUCUACUACAAGUCAUUAUAAGGGUAGGAAAAUUCACUAUGUGGUGAGAUUAGCAUGUGCUUGAGAGAGUUAACUGCUUGGUUGAUAUGUGUAUAAGUGUGAUGCGGCUUGUCUGGACUCAGGCACGUGGAAAAACACCAUCAACUUGAUAGGGAGAUUUGGGGAAACAGAAAAUUUUAUUUAAAAAUAAAACUAUUUAUAACUACAGUAUAACAUAUGCAAAGUGCUGUGUUCAAAGAAGCUGUGUUCCAGUCAUAUUUUUUCAUUAAUCGCGUUUCUACUUAUUUAUUAUUGGAUUAUGCUGACAUUUCUUCAAGAAGCAUAUGGUUUUAUGAAGACGUGUUCUUUUUGCCUAUUUUUUUGUAGAGGUUAGGACAAAGUAGAAUUAAAGUUGUAAUUCAGUUAGUUUUAACGUUAUAAAAAUCUUUGAUCCAUGCUUUGCUCCUUUCAGUUUAGUUCAGGCCCAGUUCUCAAGUUAAUUUUCAGCAGGACAAAAUAACCGUGAUGUGAGUCAGGUC